AUGUCAAACAAAUUCCAUUGCGAUGUUUGUUCGACAGAUUGCACCAACAGAGUAAGAAUAUCAUGUGCUAUAUGUCCAGAAUACGAUUUAUGUGUACCAUGUUUCGCACAAGGUGCAUACAAUGGUAAUCAUAGACCAUAUCAUGAUUAUCGAAUAAUUGAAACAAAUUCAUACCCAAUAUUAUGUGAAGAUUGGGGUGCUGAUGAAGAAAUAGCAUUAAUUAAAGGUGCCCAAACAUUAGGACUAGGAAAUUGGCAAGACAUCGCCGAUCAUAUUGGUAGUAGAGAUAAAGAAGAAGUCAAAGAGCAUUAUCUAAAAUAUUACUUGGAAAGUCCUUUGUAUCCAAUUCCGGAUAUUACUAAGGAAAUAUCUGUACCACAAGAAGAAUUUUUGGAACAAAGGAAAAGGAGAAUAGAAUUGUUUAGAGAUAAACCACUGGAACCACCUAGGAAACCUAUGGCAUCUGUACCAAGCUGUCAUGAGGUCCAAGGGUUUAUGCCAGGACGUUUAGAGUUUGAAACCGAGUUCGAGAACGAAGCUGAAGGUCCAGUGAAAGAUAUGGUAUUUGAAGAGGAUGACCAACCGUUGGAUAUUGAAUUGAAAUUUGCUGUGUUAGAUGUAUACAAUUCUAGAUUGACUGCAAGGGUAGAGAAAAAAAGGUUACUGUUUGAAAAUAAUUUGAUGGAAUACAGAAAGAUACAGAAUAUUGAUAAGAGGAGAACUAAAGAGGCCAAGGAACUAUACAAUAAACUAAAGGUAUUUGCCCAACUUAUGACUGCCCAAGAUUUCGAGGAAUUUUCCAAAGAUAUGUUAGAAGAACUACGUUGUCGCUCGAGGAUCCAACAAUUACAAGAAUGGAGAAGUAACGGUAUCACAACUCUUGAAGCAGGUCUCAAAUAUGAACGUGAUAAGCAAACAAGAAUAGCAACACUCGAGAAAUUUGGCGCCUCGUCAGUACAUUCUGCUGCAGUUACAAAUAAUAUCAAUGGUGGGCCAAGAAAUAGAUCGACACCUGUGCAUAGAGCAGGUACUGAUUAUUCUCAAAAUUACAAUGAAGGUAGUGGUAGAAAGAAGACAAUGACCAUUAGUGAUAUACAACAUGGAGCUGAUUUUGGUUUACUUUCUGUUGAUGAACAACAACUUUGCAUUCAACUCAAGAUACUGCCCAAACCUUACUUUGCUAUUAAAGACUUGAUGUUUAGGGAAUUAAUACGAACUAGGGGUCAUAUGCAACGGAAAGAUUGCAUACAGUUAUUGAAAAUUGACCCAAUAAAAGCCAAUAAAGUGUAUGACUUUUUCCAAUCUCAACAUUGGAUAUAA